UCAUUCCUUCCACCUAUAACUCUAUUCUUAUAAAAAGAAACUGUGUAUAAUCUUACCUCAUUUAUACUAAUUGUAUAAUACAAAGUAAUUAAAUAAGAUUUAAUACCCUUUCACCAACCUUUUAUUAGAGUAAAUUUUGUUAACACCAUUGAUAUGAUCACCCUUUUCUUCAUGCAAUCAUGUAAAUUGGAGUUAAGGACUAGAGAAAACUAAUCAAAUCAAACUAUAAAAGUUUCCAAGACAAAAAGGGUCCUACAAUUUGAUGGCAACCACGUUGAAGACUUUAUUCUUUAACCCCACAUGAGUAAAUAAAAACAACAUAGAACCAAAUCAUAGCAAUAGCCAAAAGCAAAAUCAAUUAAUUAAUUUACAAAACAAAAAAAAUAAAAAAAUUUAAAAAAGAAAAAAGUAAUUGUAUGACUCACACUUUUAACACAUUCUCAAUCAUCAUUAUAUUUAACAACUACUAUAUGAUUUUCCACAUAUUUAUACACAUUCUCUUUCCUCAUUUUAUCUUCAUAUCCCAAAAAAUUGAGGAAAAUAUGGGAAAAACAGGAGGCAAAAAAUUGCAAACAUUUUGUGUUAAUAGAAUUAGGCCCUUAGUUAAGGUUCCAAUACAAAACAAAUUAGGUAGUAAUACUUCUCCAAAUUGUGUUAAGAAAACUAAUGUGAAUAAUAAUCAAGUAGUUGAAGGUGAUAGUAGCAAUGAUACCAAGUUUGAGGAAGAUUGUGAGAAAUUGAAGGCAAAUGUAGGGAGGAAGAUCAUGGUGGUGGUUGAUUCAAGCGCCGAGGCGAAAGUUGCCCUUCAAUGGACACUCACUCAUACGGUUCAAAGUCAUGAUCUUAUUGUUCUUCUCUAUGUUGCUAAGCUUAACACUAAGCAAGAAAAGGAGGAUACGAGAAAGAAGAUGUCACCAAAGGUGUAUGAGUUACUACACUCUAUGAAAAAGACAUGCCAGUCAAAGCGGCCUGAGGUAGAAGUGGAGGUUAAAUUGGCAGAAGGUAAAGAAAAGGGACCUAACGUAGUAGAAGAGGCAAAAAAACAAAAUAUAUCCCUACUAGUUUUGGGCCAAAAGAAGCUGUCAACAUCAUGGCGGUUGUUACUGAUGUGGGCAAGCAACAAGGUGGCGGCCGGUGGCGGCGGCGGUGGUGGAAUGGUGGAGUAUUGCAUACAAAAUGCUAGUUGUAUGGCCCUUGCGGUACGAAGGAAGAGCAAAAGAGUUGGAGGCUAUUUGAUCACAACUAAGCGUCAUAAGGACUUUUGGCUCUUAGCUUAGUUGUUAGAAGUCUAGUAGAUAAGUGGAUUUUUUUUUUUUUUUUUACUUUAUAUAUUUUCGAAAAAGGUGAGUUAAAUGUUGUAAUGUAAUGUGUUUAUAUAUAAUGUUCAGAAUCUAAUCAAUCAAACAACUUUCCUCAAA